UAUUGUCAAAUUUCGUUUUGUUUUGGUUUCGUCGCGUUUAUCGAUUGUUAUUUUUCGCUGCUCUGCCAUUAAUAGUUUCAGCUGCUGCCUUCGUAUCGAAAACGCAACAUUUCCGAAGCUUCACAAACCCCCAAGUCGUUUGAGCAUUCUCAUGGAAACAACCGAAAUCAGUGACCUUCCGGAAGAACUUUUGCCGUGCAUAUUCACACACCUUCCGCUGCAGGAUCUGAAAAAUGCUUCCCUGGUGUGCAGCACUUGGGCACAGGCUGCGUUCAGUGGACGAUUUCUCAACCGAAUAAUGCUACGGGUGGACUUUCGUGACGGAGUGCAGCACCAGUAUAGGCAGUACCUAGUGCAGAGUACCCGGACAUACAGGAAUGUCGGGUUCUAUUAUCGAAGCGAUCAGCUGGAAUUGGAAGUGUUGCUGGCGGUGCUUGACAAGUUUAAAGAGUCGAUAGUGUGUUUGAAAAUUUGCCCAAAUUAUUUUAUAAUGGUGCACGACUUAAGGCAAAUGCUUGUGCAGGUCCCACACUUGGAAAGUCUAUACAUAGUCUCCCGAAUAUGUCCGGAACUUGGCAACCGAGAGCCCGUCGAUCCGUUUCCGGUUCUGCGCAAGCUAAAACACCUCUACCUGGAAAACGAUGGGGGCCUCCAGCUGGACGAGAUCGAUUUCCGUACCAUGACACCCAACAUCACCAGUUUGGACAUGGAUUGUGACUCGAAGCGAGCUCUUUCCGUGUACAGACACUUUAGUCAUCAGCUCCGUGAGCUGGCCGUGUUCUUCAAGCGGGAUGAUUUCUUCUUGCCUUUUUGUGAGCUGCGCUUCCCGCAGUUGGAGAUAUUGGACUUUUACUGUGAUGAUCAGCAGUUUGAUGUGCCCCACGCCGUCCAUGCUGUCUGUAAAUAUUUCAGACAAAUGCCGAAGUUGAAAAGAAUCACUCUCCGAUGCAACGUUAGUGAAGAGGUGCUGGCAGCCAUUAUCGAGAGCUGUCCCAAUUUGAUGACUUUGUUCUUGAAGGGGGACAACCUUGGAGCGAAUGCGUUUCGAAAUUUAUGUCAUUUGAAGAAAUUGAAGUGUUUAAAAGUCGAAGGCUGGAUUCGUUGCAACAUUUGGCAAGGAUGUGGUCCCAUUCCUUCUCUGCAUGAAUUAUAUCUCCACUCGGUGCUAAUCGAUGAUACUCAGGGAUUCUUCCGUUUGCUCAAAGACAUUGCACCUAAUCUCGAAAUUAUGGAAGCUAUUGAAUCAGAUAUUGAUGACGAAUGCCUUAAAUAUAUCAGCUGUAAUAUCAACUCGUUACGAUAUUUGGUUCUGGAGUUUUGCCCGAAUCUCACUGAAGACGCUUUCAGUUUUUUGGACCGUUUAACUCGACUAAGUGAGCUAAAGCUUGGCUACCUAGACGUGCCCCAAAACCUGUUCGAGCUGAUUCCCGCCAACUCGAUCCGGCGUUUUUCACUGUACCGCUGCGACAAACUUGACGACACGAUCCUACCGCUGGUGGCGGAAAAGUUUCCCAAGUUGGCUCGGAUGGAAAUUGCCAGCUGUCAUCGGAUCACGCUGGAAGGUGUGGAACUGCUGCGGGAGCUGAUGCCCGACACCGAAAUCGAAAGUUUCAUGCUUUUCUAGCUAAACGGGAAGACUGCCGGUUACUACUCGGUGUACUUUGGACGGAUACACGGCAAACCGGACUGGGACCGGGACGAAAUGUUUGAGCACGAUGUUGGAGUCCGGAAUGGUUGAAUGAAUACAUGAUCUAUGUAGUUUGCAGUCAAAUUAUGCGUCCCUUAGUUUAAUUCUGUCAUUUUGAGCUUCAGAUUUUAAAUUGUUUCAUAGGGUUUUUAAGUAAAACGAAUGAUCUGUUAUCAUUGGUCACAAAUCACAAUAGGAAUUUUUUUAAGUAGUUCAAUAUAUUUAUUAUUAGUGCUUAAUUCAACUGAUUAUUUGUAGUUUAUUCAAAUAUAUUAAUACUUAAAUACACUUAAAAA